CUAUCAUUUGCUCAACUGGAUAAACCCCUGUUCAUUAUCUCCUCUCCUCACCAUCUUCACACCACCUGCAAAAACCCCUUAUUAUCCUUCUUCAAAAUGGCCACACUUUCAUCAUCAUCCAUAAUAUCACCCACCACUUACCUCCACCACCACUCGUCUUCCAAACCCUUCAAACCCCACCUACCCAUUUCUUCAAAACCAAACCCCAAUUUCUCUCAAUCCUCCUCGCUCAGACUCCAAAUUUCACCUAUACCCAGACAACCCACACACUUAUUUUGUGUUGCAGAAGAAGCUCCGGCGGCGGUGGUGACGGUGGACCCCACGUCGGAAGCUGCUAGAAGACUGUAUGUCGGUAACAUUCCUCGGACGACAACUAAUGAUGACCUCCAGAAGGUUUUUGAAGAACAUGGUGCUGUUGAGAAAGUUGAGGUAAUGUAUGAUAAAUACUCAGGAAGGAGUCGAAGAUUUGGUUUUGUCACGAUGAAGACGGUUGAUGAUGCAAAUGCCGCUAUUGAGAAGCUGAAUGACACGGAAAUCGGAGGGCGAAAAAUUAAAGUAAAUGUUACAGAGAAGCCUCUGACUGGAGUCACUACUUCACUUACUCAAUUUGAUGAAACUCCGUUUGCUGACACCCCUUACAAACUCUACGUCGGAAAUCUUGCAAAAACAGUUACAUCAGAUUCACUCAAAAGCUUCUUUGCAGAAAAGGGAAAUGUUGUUGGUGCUAAAGUGUCGCGAGUUCCUGGGACUUCAAAGUCGAGUGGAUUCGGGUUUGUUUCAUUCUCGUCAGAAGAGGAGGUAGAAGCUGCCAUUUCGUCUUUUAACGAUGCUGUGCUUGAAGGCCAAAAGAUUCGUGUAAAUAAAGCGUAGUGCGUCAGGAAACAACUUUCAGUGGAUUUUUUGUAUUGUGUUGUGUUAAUGUUGUUUUAUAUCGCGUUACAAUGUAAGGAGACGUGAGGUAUUAUUUGUUUAGGCUUAGCAAUGUGAUGCGUCCCGUAACUUUUAUACCAUUUUGUAUAACCGGUUAUUAUAGCAUUUUUUAGAUCAAGUUACACGAAUGGUCUUCGCAUUUGAUCCUAAUUUAUUAGAUAUUACUUA